CCAGGGUGUAAAACACAAACAAGAGAAACCCGUCAACAACAAUGGAGAUAUUUCAUCUGCUUCCAGUAGAGCCUCGAGGCUGCAAAGAUUCCACCUCCGACUCACAUCUCCUCACAUGAGGUUGGAGCUUAGAGAGGGCGUAUCCGCUGGCGAGCAUCAAGGAGCUGUUGUGGGAAAGACAGCAAUAACAGAACAGGUUUGGCUGAAAACUUAUCCCUGCCUGCCUGGAUCAGUAACACCUGUUCCUGCCGCUGGUGCUGCUCCGUUAGUUGGAGCCAGAGGAAGAAGGUGGCGGCUUGCUUGUAGACCCGCAGAGGGAAAGCAAAGCAGAACUGGCUGGGAUGGCUGCGACCACGACUCAGUCUCUGGGAAGUCUGCCCAGUGGACUCGACAUUUGCGUCACGGCCCCGGAUAUGCUCUACCUGCCUGAACUGGUGACAGGCGGGCUGGUGUGGAUCCUGGUGGCCUCCACCCACGUGGAGCCACCCAACCCUCUGGGCUGGGUGAUGUUUGUUUCCAUCUUCUGCUUUGUCAUGACCCUCCUCUGGAUGCUCAUCUUCGCCACCGGGUGUCACAAGAGUGGCUCCGGCUGGGCCGCCGCUGACUUUGCCUACCACGCUGUGGCCACCUUGUUCUACCUGAGUGCUGCAGUGGAUCUGGCCUACAUCACCUUCUUGAUGAAGUUAGGACAAUUCAGGAUCUACCAGAUUGACAUCGCUGCUGUGGUGUUCGCCUACAUGGCCACACUCCUUUACUUCAUUCACACCAUCCUGUCCUCCCUCAGAUGGAAACACUUCUGACAAACACUUGUUACAAAUAGAAAUACGCAUCUGAGUGUGUGUCAGCAAGUCAAACAUUGUUCUAUGAACUCUGAAGGUGUUAAGAAGUCUAAAGUUGCCUUACAGUUCAAAAGGUGCUUGUUUUAUACGUGACAGCUUGGAAAGUCUGUUUAUGUCCAGAUUAGAGCAUCAUAGAGAAAACUGUCAAGCAGGGUUCAAAGCGCCAACCCGGCGGCUACUGGACGACCUGCUCAACAUACUGAGCCACUUCCGCCCCAGGUUGUGGCAUUUACCUUAUCCAUUUACUGCAAACGUUUCUGCUUUUCUAUUACUCUGACAGUGUCUUUUUAAAAAAAUAAAUAUUCUCAAAGUAAAGCACCUG